CCCCUUCGUUGGCAUCAGUUGCUGGUUUGCGAUCGGAGUGGAUUCAUGUGACGAAAUGGAUCUCCAGCGUGUCCUGGAGAAGUGUGGCAACUUUGGCCCCUACCAAAUCCUUCUGCUGGGUCUCUAUGGAUACACAAAUAUAGUGUCCUCGCUGCACUACUUUUCGCAGACCCUCAUUAGCUUUACGCCCUCGCACAGUUGUUCUCCGCCCGUGGAAGACACCUCCCAUAAUUUAACCGUACUGUUGUCCUGCAAUAUAAUUCAGUACGAUGCGGACCUGACUUCACAUCGAGAUUACAAGUGCAGCUCCUGGGAUUUCGAAAGGGAAAGCAACUACGAGAGCAUAACCACCGAGCUCGAGUGGGUCUGCGACGAUUCCUAUAAGCUGGCGGUGGGUCAGUCCUUCUUCUUCAUUGGAUCCGCCCUGGGCAGUAUUUUCUUUGGAUAUUUGGCCGAUCGCAUAGGUAGACUGCCUGCCUGCGUUUUGACCACUCUGACUGGAGCCUCCGGGGAUUUCUUCACCUCCUUUGUGAGCAGUCUGCCUUGGUUCUCGUUCACGCGCUUCGUCUCCGGCCUUUCUAUGGACACCCAGUAUGUCCUGAUGUACAUUUUGGUUUUCGAGUACUUGAGUCCGAAGCACCGCACCUUCGGGCUGAACAUCAUCCUGGGCGUCUUCUACUGCAUCGGUUUGAUGAUCUCGCCUUGGAUGGCCAUUUGGCUGGGCAACUGGCGCAGCUACCUCUGGGCGGCUUCCCUUCCAGCCCUGGGAAUGCUAAUCUAUCCUUUUUGCCUCCACGAAAGUGUCGAGUGGCUGCUGACCAAGGGAAAAUUCGACAAGGCAGUAAACAAUCUGCGGAGCAUCGCCAAGUUCAAUGGGCGCCAGGUGGAGGACUCUGUUUUCGACGAGUUCAUCAAGCACUACCGCGAGAAGUUGAACAGCUCGCAAAAGACAUCCUCAGACACCUUUAUGGGCAUGCUGAGGACACCAAGACUCAGAAAAUUCACCAUUAUACUGUUGAUCAAAUCCAUGAUCAUCACGAUUGCAUUCGACAUCCUGAGUCGCAACAUGGAGGGCGUGGGCAUAUCCCCCUUCAAACUAUUCUCCUACUCGGGAUUCGUUGUGCUGCCUGCCGGUCUCACCAUUAUCCUGUUCCAGAACAAAAUCGGGCGAAAGGGCAUGGCCUGCGCCUCGCUCUUUGUGGGUGCCUUGAUCACAGCGACCACGGGGUAUCUAGUGGGCACCCUCGAUCCCGCUAACUACUCCGUACUCCUGGGCUUCAUGGUGUGCCUGGCCAGAUUCGGAGCGGUGGUGGCCUACGAUGCGGAGGCCCAGUACGCGGCGGAGAUUAUACCGACCAGUGUGCGGGGACAGGGGGUGGCCAACAUCCAUGUGGUGGGCAAUGCCUUUGCCUUCUUCAGCUCCUACAUAAUCUACCUGGGCACGUUCUACAAGCCACUGCCAUCUCUUCUGAUCAGUUUCCUGCUCAUCAUCGGCGGCUGUUUGUGCCUGACUCUGCCAGAGACUUUGCACAAGCAACUCCCACAGACUCUGGAGGAAGGUGAAGUGUUUGCCAAGGGCGAGAAGUGGUAUUUCUUCCCCUGCAAUUCGCGCAGACUGCAGUCGAAUAAAUCCGAUUUCCAGUUGGAAAUUACCAAGUAGUUAUAAUAAAUGUAUUAAACAUAUAA